CUGGUUUCAGCGACGAGGAGAGAUAAUAGAGGUGAAAGGGGGAAUGUUCAUCCUGAAUGAUUUUGGUUUGUUUACCGAGUUAAACUACCGUUAGCAGACCCUUUGAAUUUUCCUCUGAUCAGGUAAAGCUUCUUUAGGUGUGAAUACCCUGUCAGUCAUCGCAAGAUUUAUAUGUCGCUUUUCACUGGGGAGAUCUUCUGGUGUUCACAAAGCCUCCUGGGCAAAUCGUUGUUUGCGCUUUAUGAGAUAAUGGAUGGAUAGAGAGUGACGAGAAAGUAUCAACUGGAAUCUUUCAACUGUCAUGCUUAUUUUUGGAUUGUCAUUUGUGACUUGGAUGUGGCAUUGUUUACUCUCUGUGGCGCUGUUGAUAUUGGACCCAACAAUUUUACGCGGGAAUUAUGUGCACGGAUAUGAUAGAAAACUAGAUCGGGAUUUUCGUCUGUCGUUGGGAAUAGCGAGAUAUGUUCCAUGGUGAAUCUAAGGGAUUGACACACGGAUACCCCUCUGACUCGCUUAAAUUCCGGGGUCAGCGACGGGCAGGUGCGUGUUGGAAUCGGCGGCUGCGCGCAGUGACUGGGGUCGUGGAUUAGAACCACACCGUUUGAGGAGAGCGCGUGUCAUGCGGACUCGGGUGUCGCACGCUGGAAGGCUUUAAAACCUGUGGCCAGGAGCUGACAGAUAAGCGGAUAUGGGCUCUGCUAUGCGGCGCCGCUGGCUGAUGGUACCGCUGCUCAUGCAGGUGUGGCUGGCUGCAUCUCCGUCCCUCAGCGAGCGCCCAUGCCCCAAAAGCUGUCGCUGCGAUGGGAAAAUCGUCUACUGUGAGUCAAGCGCCUUUCGUGAUGUCCCCAAGAACCUCUCAGGGGGCUGCCAAGGCCUGUCCUUACGUUACAACAGUCUGGCCAGUCUCAGAGCCGGACAGUUUGUGGGCCUCAACCAGCUCAUCUGGCUCUACUUGGACCACAACUACAUUGCCUCUGUGGACGUACUGGCUUUCCAAGGCGUUCGGAGGCUCAAGGAGCUGAUCCUGAGUUCCAACAAGAUCACAAUGCUCCACAACACCACUUUCCACCCUAUACCCAACCUCCGCAAUCUGGAUCUGUCUUACAACAAACUGGCGGCCCUGCAGCCGGGCCAGUUCCAGGGCCUCCGCAAGCUCCUCAGCCUGCACAUGCGCUCCAACUCCUUGAAGAGCAUCCCCGUGCGUCUGUUCCAGGACUGCAGAAACCUGGAGUUCCUGGACCUGGGCUACAACCGCCUGCGCAGCAUCACCCGCAAUGCCUUUUCAGGCCUGCUGAAGCUGACCGAGCUGCACCUGGAGCACAACCAGUUCUCCAAGAUCAACUUCUCCCACUUCCCACGCCUCUACAACCUGCGGGCGCUGUACCUGCAGUGGAACCGCAUCCGCUCCAUGAGCCAGGGCCUCACCUGGACCUGGACCUCCCUGCAGAAGCUGGACCUGUCUGGCAAUGAUCUGCAAGAGGUGGAUGCUACGGUCUACCAAUGCCUGCCCAACCUUCAAACACUCAAUCUGGAUUCCAACAAACUGACCAACGUGUCCCAGGAGACCGUGUCGGCCUGGAUCUCCCUGACCACCAUCAGCCUGGCGGGGAAUGUGUGGGACUGUGGCCCUGUGAUCUGCCCCCUGGUGGUCUGGCUGAGGAACUUCAAGGGGAACAAGGAGACCACCAUGAUCUGCGCCGCCCCCAAGGAGGCCCAAGGUGAGAAGGUCAUGGAUGCCAUAGACACCCACGGUGUGUGUCGGGCUACCGCCAUCACACCCCUCACAGCCAGCACCCGGCCCACCCCCUCUAAAGGCCCAGACCAGACAGAACGCCACCCAGCCUACCCCACACCCCACACCGGAGCUGGGAAGAGGGGAGAGGAAUCCAGAGGUGGCCCUACAUCUUCAGCUGUCACCCCGCCCAUGGAACCACCACCUGAGCAUGAGUUUGAGCCUGUGUCCUUUCACAAGAUUGUGGCGGGGAGCGUUGCACUGUUUUUGUCUGUGGCGAUGAUCCUGUUGGUGAUCUACGUGUCGUGGAAGCGCUAUCCCAGCAGCGUCAAGCAGCUGCAGGAGCACUCUGCCGCGGCUCGCAAACGGCGGAAAAAAGCCAGAGAGACAGAGCACACGCUGAGCUCCCCACUGCAGGAGUAUUAUGUGGACUACAAGCCCACCAAUUCGGAGGCCAUGGACGUGCUUGUCAACGGGACUGGCUCCUGCACCUGCACCAUCUCAGGCUCCAGGGAAUGCGAGGUCCCGCACCAGAUGGGCACGCUGGCGUAUUACCGGUACGAGCAGCCUAUCGUGGACUACUGCCAGGCCCAUCAGCCCCUGCGGCUCAACAUGGGCUAUGAGGGUCCCCCGCAGGGCCUGGAGGAGCUGGGGCCACGUGAGAGAACCACCAUACAGACUGUAUCGCUGCCCGCUGUGCCCUCUGCUGCCACAGUGGGGGCCGGGCCCCGCUCACCGCCCUCUAUCCUCAGAGCCCCGUCCCAGGUCCCCGGUGGCCCCUUCCCUCCCCAAGAGCGCACCACCACGCUCACCUUUGGACGCUAACAACUGGAGCGAGAGUCUGUCGUUUGAGGUGGGGGGGAUGCCACAGAUCCACCAUGACUCUUGAAUAGAGGGCAAGGGCGCAGGGGGGUUCUGUGGGGCCUUUUUCGGCACAUUGACAUGGGAUGGCCACAAGGGGGCAGAGGUAAAAAGAGGAGAACAAAAAGUAUCAAUUUAAAAACAUGGCUAGAGGCCAUUGGCUUCCGGAAUGUGACCAUUAUGAAGGCUGAUGCAUCCUGGGAGUUCUGCUAUUAUCUCUUUUUCUUUUUCCAAACACUUCAAAGUGGACCUGCUACUCCCCUCCUCUUGGCUCCUGGGAAAUAGAAACGUGAUGCAACGUGCAUGACACGUUAAAGCAUCGAUUUGGUUAUAGCUCUGGCCAAUGUGGCGACAAUGCUGUAUGGUGCCUGUUCCAAGGAAUGGAUCAUGGCAGUUCUCUCAUGCUGUGUUAGGAGUGAGAAAGGAAUGUGCAAUAAACUAUGUGUCUGGAGGACAAGAAAAGAAAGAGAGCAACAUCAUGAAACAAAAUAAUGUUUACCAGAACUCAAAGGCUCGCUCUUUUUCCCAUUAAAAUUGCCAGUCAGGGGUCAUAAUGCCAUGGAAAUCAUUAUUUCAUUAAAAGGAGUAAAUUCUCAAAAAAGAAGAAUGUUGUCGUGAGAGAAAACAAGUAGAUUAUUGUAUUGUUUCCAUACUGUAUUGUCAGUAUGUUCAACUAUGGAGGUCAAGGUCUGAGUUUUAUUCAUGUGCUCAUGUCGUACCAAAGAUGUAUUAUUUUAUGUACAAUAAUAGCAUUUGUUUUCUUUAUACUUUUGGUUUCUGAAAACAUAACCGGUACACAUUAAAUACAUGCAUUAGAUGGUUUCCCUUUUUAUAAAUGUACGUCUGCCAUCUGCAUACAGUAUGUACAACCAAACCACAUAAUAAUCUACAGAGGCUGCCGAGUCCUGUGUCUGUAAAUGGUUGAGAAAGCCUACUCAGUUAUCAUUACAAAAAUACAAUUUCAUGGAGUCCGAUAGAAAAAAUGUAGGAAGCAUGUGCAAUGGGGUGUCAAGAUUUGGCAGCUGGCUCGAGUUGGCCCACCAGAUUAUACUAUCUAUGGUCUGACUAAUUCAUGAGAUGUAUAUCUAUUUCAUUAAAUACUUUAAAAUGGAAUUGCUGGAUGUGAAGUGUUCGGGCAGAAUUAAGGUAUUUUAAAUGCUGAUGUUUUGCAAUGCUCAAUUUGAUCAAAUUUGGCAAAGCAAUGAACAAGGAGGUAUGUAGGUCCUUCGAGGGGGUCAACUAAAGGUUGAAUCUCUUACCACCUGUAAAGGCCUAACUAAUCAUUUUAUAUAUUUGAUUUCUAAAAACAAUGCUUGAUUUUCUUGCAACUGGCCUGUUUGUGAGGUGAGCAGCAGGUAUGCUGGUGGAUUGGUGAUGCACUGCUCCUGUGCUACCCUCUCCUCUCUACUCCCUUAGAAACACAGCAGACAAAGAGCCCAGUGCCUCACAGGGGGCUUGUUGGGCUGACGGACUGGCACGUUGAUGCGUCUUUGACAUCCAGAUGAACUCAUUGACUGUGGUGGACUACCACUGGGGAUGGAUAUUGCCUGUUAACAGCACAGCCCUUUGCCAGCAAGUGUGCCUGACUGUGUUUGAACUCCAACCAGAUGAAUGUGGACACUGUCUCUGUCGCCCAUGAGCACUAUUGGACAUCCUUUACCGUCAAUUGAUGGAGUUGAUGACGGACUGGAUCCUUUGUUGUGGUGGCUUUUCAACGGGCAUUCCCCACCCCUCACUCCCCAUGUCCAAAUCAAACACACACACUGCGGUCAUUUUUUUAUCUGUCAAGUUCAACACCCUGAGGUCCGUAUAAUGGAGGAGGGAGCACAUCAAGCCACCUAUGUACAUGGCUCCCCAUGAAGGAGAAAGCCUGAGAGGGCAAAGAGAAGGGAGGGCCAGGAGACCGCCGGCCGGGGGGGGGUGCUUUUUUGUAUGUUUCUUGAUCGGAAGCAAAAGUGUACAUUUUUGAGAUGAUCAAUGAUGUCAAGCAAUUCUAUAAAAAGACUACAUCAAAAGGACAAAAUCCUUCGGGACUUAUUUAUCUUGUAAAUAGAGAAUCUUUAAAAAGGAAAAAGUUACGUAUUUUGCUUCUUCUGAAACACAAACUGCUUGUGGCCAGAAGAGGAGCCUUAUCCACGAGCCGGAGUGAGGGGGGGAGUCUGUCCAGAAGAUGGCUUUGGGAGGGAGAUGAUGAUUCCCACCAUAUCCUCUCCUCUCCUUGUUUUAAUUAUAAAUAUUUUUCUACCUGCUCCCACCUCCCUCCAGCAUGUCACUAUUCCUGCAAACAUUGUCCAUCACUGAGGUUAUUACUAAUGUCUCAAAGUCACACCCCUACCAGAACCACAAAUGACAAGGAAUUUGGGAGCAAUGUCAUUAAGAUUUGGGAGCAAAAUCAUUAAGAUUUGAAGUGUCAAAUGUACAAAGGGAUAGUAUAUUAUUCAAUUCUGGCCUGUAGUAGAGUAUUUCAAAUAAAUCAAAUAAAUAUAAUGUAUUGGUCACAUGCACCCCCCCAAAAAAGUAUUGUUCGCAUUACAGUGAAAUGCUUACAAGCCUAUUCCCAAUAGUGCGGAAUUUUAAAGUCAGACAAAUAUUUGCUAAAUAAAAAAGGAAAUAGUAACACAAUAAAAACAAUAAUGAAGCUACAAGGACUACCAGUACCGAGUCAAUGUGCAGGGGUACGAGGUAGUUGAGGUAAUACGGUAUGUAAAGCGGGUAGGAGUAAAAGUGACUAGGCAAUCAGGAUAUAUAAUAAACAGAGUAGCCGCUGUUCAGGCCGGUGUUACUAUUAAUAUUUUUUUUUUAUCAACCCCAUGUUCUCGUGUAUGACUCGUUUUCAGUAUGCUUGAGAUACAGUAUGUUAUUUCUACUAAAGUCGUUUUUUUAAAGGGUUUUUGUUGUGCCAUGACAACUUUGUUUAUUUUAAUAAUUUACCAACCCCCAAGCAAAAACACACAGAUAAUGCUCUGAUAAUUAUAUCAAGAUCUAGAAGAGUUUUGAGAUACUGUAUGCCCCACAUAUUACAUACAAACUGUUGGUUUACUCAAAAUGGUUUCUGACUACAUGCUGGUUUUAGUUGACCUUGUAGUAAAUGUUGUGCCAAUGUCUUUACAAAUGGGACAUUCCACUCUCAGUUCUAGCAAUGUCUUGUCUUGCCUUGCUCUUUAAACCUCCCCUGCCCCCUGCCAUCUCCUGGCCUGGAUAUCAUGUCUGCCUUGGGUGACUUUGGUGAACCUUUUUAUAAUGUUCUAUUUCUGUCCGCAUGCUGACGAUUGGGCGAACCACGUCAAAAUAUAAGGGUGUGCACUGAACGAGAAACAGAUAGUAUAGAGCUAGACUAUUUCCUGUCUGACAUGCCCUAGAACCACAAGCAUGUGUUUCCACACACACGCUGGCCACUUUGGUGUCUCUCAAGCAAGCUGUUCACUGACCCCUCUGUAGCCCAUCCUCUCCAGAGUAGAUGUCUCCAGCCCCAUGGGCCCUACAGUCUCCAUGCUGUCUUUAUGCACAUUGCAGAAAGAGAUGCUUGUGUUGGACGAGGCUAUACUCCAGAGAGAGGCUUCCCUCUUCUAUUAUGGUAACACAUUUCCAGACCAAUUAUCAUUAUUUAGUUUCCUUGAGCAGUAAUCACUCAACAGCAGUCCAACAACGAUCAAAACCAUAUGUAAUUGGAAGUUUAAAUGGAGUCAUGGUGACCACAAUUAAAUUAGCGGCUAAUAAGUCAUCGGUUUACCAUGAUCUACAUCCCUGAUAAGGCCAUUGGAAUAAAAAGACCCUGCUCUCUUCCAUGAACAAGUCUUUUGUCCCAUUUUUCUAAUGUCGUACUGUACGGGGCUUUCAGCACAGGGGAUGCAUGCAACUUGUGCAAGUUUAAGCUGAACUUCAGGAACGUCUGUGCUAGCCCAGCAACGCCGACAGGCUUUGUUUUUUCCUCUGCCUUGUUUGUUUUGGGAUCUGUUCCCCCCUCUAACCCAAUCCUCUGAGUUUGGGCUCAAAUCCCUUUUGGGAACAGAUUUAGCUGAAGGGAGGGUGAAUGAAGGUCUGAAGUAUUGCAAGGAAGCCUUUCAUAUUUCCGUGUCUAUGCUCAGAGGAAUGGCUAAAUGCAAAUCUCUAGGGGAAAGAGGAAUGAGGCAAGAGAGUUGGGGGGGAAAGGGAGGGAGGGGGAAAGAGAAAAUGGGGGAAAAAAGAACAGAAAUGAAGAAAAGCGGUAAGAACAAGAGAAUUGUAUUGUAUUUGGUUAAAACAAAGGUUUCGCAUCCCAUGCACACCAGGGGAUGCUAUCCUAACACCUUGGUAGACAUGUACAGUACCUCAUUAACACAUUGAAUAAGGCACACAGACACCUGCAUCCUCCUAAAUCUCCCAAAUCCUACUUCCACACCCUGGCUGUAUGCAGUCUUAUCACACGUGAUGCACAUGGCUGAGGAUGCAGGAGGGUGUAGUGAGCGGUCUCAUCAUCGUGAACUGCACCCCCCCCACAGGGUUCAACAUCUGCUGCUGAUGUAUCGUGGCUUUUGUUGUCUAGGCUCUGUCACUGCUGGUGCACACCAAGUUUAUGCUGUCUCAAACCUGGCCCUUACAUCUCACCACGGCUCUGGACUCUGCAGCGCCUCACCUCCCUGCCAUCAACACAACACAUUUCCCCUUCCAGUUCACCUGAAGCCAACCGCAGAGAUUCAAUGACUUCUAAGUCAUUACCUGAUAAAUACGUUUGAAAAUGUAAUUCCCAGCCAGAUGUGGCUUUGCGUCAUUUUCUCAUCUUCUCUAUUCCCUCCUGAACUGCCCCUAUAGGGCCUCUGUAGGGCCCAGAGCAUGUGGAGACCUGAGGCAUACAGGACAGUAGGAGAAGCUCUUACAUCAUUAGCUGAAAGUCUUUGCCCUUUGGCAUAAGCAAUGGUUACAAACCAGGGUCAAGACAAUAGGGGUUCUAUGCAUAACCAUUAACCUCUGUCAGAGAUAUAAACUAUUUCGGUCUAACAAGGCAUGUUUAAACCACUAAUUGGAUUUAUGUGAACAGAAUAAGAAAAGGAACACUAAUUUCAUAUAGAAUCAAUUUUGCUGCCAGAAGCAAUGUAAAGAUGUGAACGUGCAGUAAAACGGACAGAAAGCAAUAUUAUCAUAUUUAAUUCCUUACGUGCUCCAAGCUUCUCCACAUUCUCCCCUCCCACCAAUAUCACUUGUUCUUUCCCAUGAUAUUUCCAUGUGAAUUUCUGCUUUUCCCUCUCAUCUAUCUCCUACUGACGGCAUUGAUUUCUGUGGGAUGUAAAUAUGAGCUGCAUUGUUUAUUCUGUAGUUGGUUUGUUGUUGUUUUGGUUUCAAUUCUUAUUUUCUGUGCUCAGACCUAAGCGGUGUUGUGGAGACCUGGUCCAAACGCAAAAUAUGGCUUCUCUUUGAGUAUAUUAUUGUCAGAAAAUGUUUUGUAAAAAUUUUGAUGACGAAAUCAAAAAUAAAGAAA